CUCAGCCUUCCAGGCUCAGCGCACAAACAGCCUCUGUGUUUACGUCGCAUCAUGCUGCAGACGUGAUUCGUGCAGACAAGAUGGCUGCUGCACCGUCGUCCCGUCCGUUCGAGUAUCUCGAAAGGCUUCCUGGCACGGUCUUCUUCAAACUCUACCAGCAGCCAUCAACCGCCCUCGCCAUCUUCCGGCGCAUGCUGCCUGACCUGGGUAUGUCGGCCACCGUGGGCCAUGGGUCUUAGGCUGUGACUGACCUAGAUGCCAGCAAAAUGCUUUGUCAUGGCACUUCUUUACCUGAAAGAUCCGCUGCCCGCGGCGGAUCUGGAGGUCUGGGUUAAAUCUGAAAGCUUGAAGUGAGUCUAGUAGUCUACAGCUAGCUACCCUGAGGUUCCCUUCAAUGAUUAUUAACACCCUUCUCCUUUUCUCUGCGUCAAGGGAGCGAGACCACGCGCUCUCCAUCCUGGGACGGCUGAACAUCCUAUCCAAUACCACCACCGCGAACAAUGUCCGAGCCUACAUGGUCACCAAUCCGUUUGCCGCCUCAUUGCGCCAGGCUCUUACGGGGGCCGAACAGACACAAUCGUUCGGUGUACUGUCACACACCCCCGGCCGUUCAGCUGUCUCCAUAGCCGACCUGGACGAAUACGCAAGACGGCAGUGGGAAGGCCUACUAGGCUUCAUGGUCGGAACAAGUGGCUUGGGAAUACGGGAGGUGAGCUUGAGCAUGGGCGUGAAACAGCUUCUGCAGGCUGGAUCCCUCGUUGAGAUCAGGGGCACUCGCGUCGAUAUCACCCAGGACGGGUUUGCCUUUGUUCUGCAAGAUGUCAGCACGCAGGUGUGGCAUAUCCUGGUCCUCUACGUCGAAAGCGCCGCGGCCAUGAACAUGGACAGUGUCGAGGUCCUUUCGUUCAUCUUCCUUCUUAGCAGUCUGGAGCUCGGAAAAUCAUACGAGAAGAAACACCUCACCUCAACCCAGCUCCAUACCUUGACUGACCUGGCCGACUUUGGCAUUGUAUACCAGGAGUCGCCCGACUCUUCCCGUUUCUACCCUACUCGUCUUGCGACCACCCUUACUUCCGACUCCAACGCCCUGAACAACCCCAUCUCAGGCUCUCUAUCCAAUCCUACGGGCGACCCCUCCAGCAAGGCGGGAUCAGGCUUCAUAAUCAUUGAAACCAAUUACCGCCUGUAUGCAUACACCUCGUCGCCACUGCAGAUCUCCCUCAUUGCUCUUUUCACAACGCUGAAAUACCGCUUCCCCAACCUGAUCACCGGCAAGAUCACCCGCCAGUCGGUUCGUCGCGCUGUCGAGAUGGGCAUCACCGCCGACCAGAUUAUCUCCUAUCUCUCCACCCACGCACACCCCCAAAUGCGCAAGCACAACGCCUCUCGCUCGACGUCAAACCAGGCCGGAGUACCGGGUGCCAUUUUGCCGCCGACGGUCGUUGACCAGAUUAAGCUCUGGCAGCUGGAGCGGGACCGUGUCAAGGCCACGACUGGGUUCCUCUUCAAAGACUUCGCCAAUUUGGCGGAGUACGAGGCUCCAUGCCGCUAUGCGGAGGAAAUCGGUGUCCUCGUAUGGAAGUCUGAUCGGAAGCGGAUGUUUUUCGUGACGAGGCAUGAACAAGUCGCGGCUUUCCUGAGGAGCCGGAAAUGAUUUGGAUACUACGGCGAUGCCGUCCGGGCUAGACUACUGCCGGACUAUCUAUCUCCUUGGUUCUUCUUUGGAUCUACUACGCUGCAUAGAGGUAUGGCCUAGCUUUUGCAGAUUCCGGGGUAUUCACGAGAUGGCGAAGCUGAAUUGGAUACGAGAAAUCGACCAUGGGUUCUCAAAAUGUACAAUAACUGGAUACAGCCGAGAACAAAAGCAAAAACAGGAGAAAACUAG